AACAAACAAUUAAAUCUUCGUAAUGUAAUCAUUUCAAUUUGUUUCUUCUCCGUUAAUUUCCAUAUAUAAAUAUUCCAACGGGGGGACCCAACCCAACUUUAUAUUUUUCUCAGCGUACCAUCAUCUCUCUUUCUCUUUCUCUUUCUCUGUCUCUCUCUCUCUCAGAAACGUUCGACUUCGAGGAGAAAACAAAACUUUGUUGUUGUAACAAAUGCAGACGAGUCGGUUACUCUCUUUCUCCUCUAACUCUCCGAGUUUCGGCAGCUUCUCCUCCACCGUUGACCUCGCCGCAAUCGCCGCUCGAGUCGUCGAAGAAUUCAGAGAUCAAGAAGAUACACCACAACCCUCCGACUCUCCCCUAACUAACAACGAAGACAACGAUGAUGAAUCAGAAUUCGCCUUCGACUGUCCCAGCCACGUGUGUUCCCAACCUCUAGCCACAGCCGACGAGAUUUUCUUUAACGGUCAGAUCCGUCCUUUAAACCCGUACGGUAGUAAUGCUCCGGAGAAAUCUCAGCCGACGCCACGUCGUCGUAGACCGGCGUUGAGGAAACUGAUGAGCGAGGAAUUGCGAGAUCAUCCGACGGCGGUUUCGGAUUCGUCGGCGGAAGCUGAAGAAGAUCUAAACGGUGUUCCGCCGGAGACGUACUGUGUAUGGACACCGAAACAACCGAGUUCAGAAGAUGAUGAUCUUAAAGGACUCUGUUCUUCUCCGUCGCAGAGCAAGAUCAAAAGCAACUCAGCUGGAUUCUCGAAACGUUGGAAGCUGAGGAAUCUUUUGUACGUUAGAAGCAACAGCGAAGGGAACGAGAAGCUCGUGUUUCCGGCACCGGUUAAGAAAAGCGAUGAGAAAGAAGAAGAGGAAGAGGAAGCGUCGUCAAAGGUGGUGGCCGGAGAAGAAACGAAACGACAGACGAAUUUGCCGUAUAGGAAGGAUAUGAUUGGAAUAUUAAGAAAUGUAAAUGGGCUAAGUCGUCAUUUACGUCCUUUUUAAUGCUGACGUGGCUCUCCUUAGACGCGGACUUUGGGUGGGCUUCCGUUUCUUUCUUUCUUUUUCUCACUUACUUUUCUUUCUUUUUUUACUUUUUUUUUUUUUUUUUAAUUUUAAUUUUCUCUCUCUCUCAACCUUUUUCUUUUAUUAGUUUCCGAGAAAAUCUUGAGUGUUGGGCGAGAAAGUAAAUAUUUUAUUUUAUAAUGCGUCGGUUUUUGGAUUAGAUUUGUAUAAGUUUUUGGUGGUUUGAUUAUUGGAAAUGGAGACUAAUAAUGGCUUUUUAUUGAAAUAAAACUUGGUUCGUCGUCAUUA